UCAAAAAGCUCUUAAUUGUUCAAUUUGAAAAGAAAAAGAAUUCUCCAUUUCCUGGAAAUUGCUUCCGUCACCGACCUCGUUUUCCAAAAUCCCAAACCGCUUCGAAUUUGUUCUCUCUGUUUCCCUUGCUCUACGCGCUUGUGGCCAUUCGUGCUGACCUAACUCUCUUCCCCUCUGGCUCUAUAUAUCAUUCUAGAGUUUUCUCGUGUUCAAAUUUGAAACCCAACGCAGUGAAUUGCGUGAAGAGUUGGGGAUUUUGAUUGCGUUUCCAGGGAUUAUUAGUUUUUAAAAUUGGGGAUGAAGAGGGCGAAGUUGGAAAAAUUCGACUUCUUCGUGUCUCUGAGCAGGCAAAGAUCGAUUCAGAUUCUGAUCGGAGUUGGGCUUCUGUAUGUACUUCUGAUAACCCUAGAAAUCCCCUUCGUGUUAAGGACUGGGUUCAGCGCUUUGUCCCAGGAGGCUCUAUCUCGGCCACCUAGGCUUGAGUCCGAGGAGGACUUGGAAGAACGAGAGGCCCCAACUCGCCCCAACAAGCUCAUUUCCUUACACUCGCCCCAGCCGGCUCAGUCUCGACCCACCGAGUACAAGAUUUUGUCCGGCUUGGCCUUCGACCCUAAGACUUUCGAUUCGGGUCGCGGGAACGGGGCUUCGGAGCUUUACAAGUCGGUGAGGAUGGCCUGGGAAGUGGGGACCAAGUUCUGGCAAGAGAUUGAAUCUGGGAAAGCUAAGUUUAUCGUCCAAAUAAACCGGUCGGUGGAGGCGUGCCCGCAUUCGGUUUCGGUAUCCGGGUCGGAUUUCUUGGCCCGCAAGCAAGUCAUGGUUCUACCUUGCGGGCUCACGCUGGGUUCGCACGUGACUUUGGUCGGGAAGCCGAGGCCGGCACAUGCCGAGCACGACCCGAAGAUAGCGCUGAUGAGGGAGGAUGAGGACUCGGUGAUGGUGUCGCAGUUCAUGGUGGAGUUGCAGGGCUUGAAGACCGUGGAGGGCGAGGACCCACCUAGAGUUUUGCAUUUCAAUCCGAGGUUGAAAGGGGACUGGAGUGGGAAGCCCGUGAUUGAGCUCAAUACAUGCUAUAGGAUGCAGUGGGGGUCGGCGUUGAGGUGCGAGGGAUGGAAGUCUAAGGCUGAUGAAGAAACAGUUGAUGGUCAGGUGAAGUGUGAGAAGUGGAUUCGAGAUGAUGACAAUGGCUCAGAGGAGUCUAAGGCAACAUGGUGGUUGAACCGACUAAUAGGCCGAACAAAAAGGGUUACUGUUGACUGGCCAUAUGCAUUUGCAGAAGGCAAGCUGUUUGUUCUAACUAUUAGUGCUGGAUUUGAGGGUUAUCAUGUUAAUGUUGAUGGGAGGCAUGUCACCUCUUUCCCUUAUCGCACUGGAUUUACUUUGGAGGAUGCCACUGGGCUAGCAGUGAGUGGGGAUGUUGAUGUCCACUCUGUCUUUGCUGCCUCGUUACCUGCAUCACAUCCUAGUUUUUCUCCACAGCGACAUCUUGAGUUUUCAAGCAGAUGGAAGGCCCCGCCACUUCCGGAUGGGGAUGUGGAGCUUUUCAUUGGUAUUCUCUCUGCUGGCAACCAUUUUGCCGAGCGGAUGGCUGUAAGGAAGUCUUGGAUGCAGCAUAAGCUUAUCAAGUCUUCAAAUGUGGUAGCUCGUUUCUUUGUAGCAUUGCAUGCAAGAAAGGAAGUGAAUGUUGAAUUGAAGAAAGAAGCAGAGUUUUUUGGAGAUAUUGUUAUUGUGCCUUACAUUGAUAACUAUGAUCUCGUUGUCUUGAAAACUGUUGCCAUCUGUGAAUAUGGGGUUCGCACAGCAUCUUCCAAGUAUAUUAUGAAGUGUGAUGAUGACACAUUUGUGAGAGUGGAUGCAGUUUUUGAUGAAGCAAAGAAAGUGCCCAAGGGUAGGAGCUUGUACAUUGGGAACAUAAAUUACUACCAUAAGCCCCUGCGCUUUGGCAAAUGGGCAGUAACAUAUGAGGAGUGGCCAGAAGAAGAUUACCCACCCUAUGCAAAUGGACCAGGCUAUAUUUUGUCAUCUGACGUAGCACACUUCAUCGUAUCUGAGUUUGAGAAACAUAAAUUAAGGCUGUUUAAAAUGGAAGAUGUGAGUAUGGGAAUGUGGGUGGAGCAGUUCAAUAGCUCAAAACCAGUUGAGUAUGUGCAUAGCUUGAAUUUCUGCCAGUUUGGGUGCAUAGAAGAUUAUUAUACAGCUCAUUACCAGUCUCCAAGGCAGAUGAUCUGUUUGUGGGGCAAAUUGCAAUCGCGGGGAAGGCCUCAGUGCUGCAACAUGAGAUGAUGAUUCUUGGCCUGCUUCAUGUUUAUAAUGCUGCCUUCGCUUUCUGGCGGCGGAUGGGGAGGAGGUUGCAAUGCCUUCAGAAUCUGACAGAGAAAACACAGAGAAACAAGUUUUGCAGUCAGCAUCAGGUAUUGUACAUUUUGUGGAAUUGGGUUAGUCAUCUCCGGCCAUCUAUACCUUCCAAAUUCUUUCAUUAUUUCUAGCUCCUCGUUUCCUUUCUUUCCCCCACUUCCUUUUUGGGGCCUUUGAUGCCGGAAGAUGAUGAGAUUAGAUGUGCAGGGAACAAAUUCAUACCAAUCCAAACUCUGUAAUUUACGUUCGAACCACAGCAGAUGGAAAUGAUUAUCAUUUAGAUUCAAAA